UGCUCGUCUACCACGAGGAAAGAGGGGGAAUGGAUGAAAAAAUGUUAACGAGAAGGUAGAUGUUUAAAUAGCCACGAUGUCUGCGGAAGAAACAACUGUUAUUUCACAGGAAGAGGAAGAGAAACUGAAAGAACUAUUUAACAAAUUGGAUAUUAACAAAGACGGGAGGAUUGACAUCAAUGACCUGACUCAGGCCCUGUCCACCUUGCAAGUUCCACAAACACCGGGUCAUGCAAAGAAAUUCUUUGACAAGCAUGACAAGGACAAAGACGGUUUGAUUGACUUUGCAGAAUUUGUCAAGUAUGUCACAGAUCAUGAGCGAAAACUGCGGUUGUACUUUAAGAAAAUUGACACCAAUGAUGAUGGUUCAAUUGACAAAGAAGAGAUUAUUGAGUCCUUCAAAAGACUCGGUGUUGCUAUUGAUCCAAAUGAAGCAGACAAGUUAUUGUCCAAAAUGGACAAAGACAACACCUUAAAAAUAGAAUGGUCAGAAUGGAGAGACUACUUGCUCCUGUCCCCAUCCCAGAAUAUAGACGAAAUCCUCCAACACUGGCGACACGCCUCUAUGAUAGAUGUUGGUGAAAAUAUCAUCAUACCUGAUGACUUCACAGAAAAAGAAAUGAAGAUGGGAAUCUGGAAGAUUAACCUGAUGGCUGGAGCAAUGGCGGGGGCAGUGUCAAGGUCGUGUACCGCUCCACUGGAUAGGAUCAAGGUCAUGCUGCAGGUACAUGGAACCAGCAAGAACAAAUAUGGAGUGAUCAAUGGUUUCAAACACAUGCUGGAGGAGGGGGGAGUGAAGUCCUUGUGGAGAGGGAAUGGUGUGAAUGUCAUUAAGAUAGCCCCAGAGUCAGCCAUCAAAUUCAUGGCUUAUGAACAGUAUAAGAAAAUGAUUCAUGGUGACACCAAAGGGGAGCUGUUAGUUUGGGAAAGACUAUUGGCUGGUUCAUUAGCAGGAGCUACAGCUCAAACCAUUAUCUAUCCAAUGGAGGUGCUGAAAACCAGGCUUGCUAUUAGAAAGACUGGCCAGUAUAAAGGAAUUCUUGACUGUGCAAUGAAAAUCUAUAAACAUGAAGGUGCAUCAGUGUUUUACAGAGGAUAUGUACCAAACUUAUUAGGAAUUAUUCCAUAUGCUGGUAUUGAUUUAGCUGUAUAUGAGACUAUGAAGAAAUUGUAUAUGAAAACAUAUGAAAAUAAAGAUCCAGGAAUAUUUGUGUUACUGGGCUGUGGUACCAUCAGCUGUACUGCCGGACAGCUUGCCAGCUAUCCCUUAGCACUUGUCAGAACCAAACUGCAGGCUCAAGGUGCAAAAGCUGAUUCAAUGGUGGGACUUUUCCAGAAAAUUAUAAAACAAGAUGGAUUAACAGGACUGUACAGAGGCAUUGUACCAAAUUUUAUGAAAGUAGUUCCUGCAGUUGGAAUAAGUUAUGUAGUGUAUGAAAAGUCACGAAACGCACUUCUAAAUCCAUCUUAGGAAUAGAAAAUUUUGUUAUUUAUAGAUUACACUUUAUGACCUAUACAUUUACAAUAUAGAUGUUGUGCUGUAUGUACAUGUAUUUCAGCGGAAUGUUACUGUUUUAUUUAUGUACCUUUGUAUCGUGUACAUUCUACAUGUGAAUACAUUAACUAAGUACAUGCAUUCUAUGAUUUUUCCUUCAAUGUAUAUUUUGAAUAUGUAUUGUACAUGUUUUGAAGAUACAUUAUGAACGAUUUUUAAAGAGAAACACCUGUAGUAACUAAAAAAAAAAAUCACUAAAAAGAAGGGGAUAAGGUCAGACUGUUGUUUUCCAGCAUAAACCAGAAGUCUAAAGUUCUAACAUGCUUUGUCUUAUAUACAUAGAUAUGUUUUCUUGAUUUUUUUGUCAACAUGUAAAAUGUGUAUUUAAACUUUAACAAGUAACUAUUACAUAACACGGGUCCUCAAUAUUAUAUAAAUAAUUUUUAUAUGUAUCAACAAUUGCUCUUCAGUUGGUGUCCCCAUACAUGUACAUGUAAAUAUAUUGUGAAAUAUAAUGUGGGAUUUUUUUUCAUUUAUUUAAUAAGAUGACCUAUAAAGCAGAUUCUCAGCUUUAUGUGUACAUGUAUCUAUAAGUGUUCGGUGUUCUUCAUUUUUCAUUAUUUUUUUUCUCACAACUCUAUUCCCUUUUAUUGUCUUUCAAAAAACUUUACGCUGAUUCUGUGAGAAAUGAUUCACGUGUAGCAUAAUUAAUCUUGCCUAUUUGUUCACAUUGAUCAGUAAACAAGUACUAUUACCUUAUUUUCAUGUAUAAAUCCAUACUUGCAUGCAAUUUACUUUGUGUGUUAUUACAAUAAUGAUAGGACAGCUCAAAAGUGCUAAAUUUGGCUGUCUCAUAAGUAGCGUAAUUGGCUGUCUCAUAAGUAGCGUAAUUAUCAAUUUCUUUCAAAUUCUGUGAAUGACAGAUACUGUUAAGAUUAGUACAUGUUAUGUAAGAUGUAAAAUGGUGUUUAUAUUUUCAUCAAUGUUAUUUCAUUGCUGUUAUAUUCAAUAGAGUUCUCUCUUUGUUAUAGGAUUUAUAGUCUGUCCCAACUAUUGCUCUAUCACUUUUUGAUGAUUUUUAAUUAAAAUACACAUACCUGUGAAAGAAAUACACUUUAAAAUCGAUAAAAAUGAAAAUAUCCACGAUAUCUUUAUUGAUGUAUUAUCAUUUUUCAUUCAUGAAAGUUCAGAGGAACGAAGACACUUAAAUUUCUUAUGAAGAUUAUAAUGGGAAAUAGUUACAUCUUUUUACCAUUCAGAACUAGCUUGGAAUAUCUUGCACAAUACCUGUAUUUAAAAGUUAUCAUUUGGGCUAUUGCAUGGCUGAUUCAAUGCAAAAUCCCUGCAGACUUUCUCUUUUGGGUUGUUAUUGAAACCUGAAGCAGUAGAGGGGGGCGUUUCAAAACAAAUAAUCUGGACAUUUUUCAUAUUAGUGGAUGAACAUAGUUUGAACACAAAGGUAUUUAUGAUUAUCAAAAUAUCGAGCGAAAAGGGGUGGAAGCAAUAUCUCGGGACAGCUAGAGUAUGAUAAUUCCAAUAAACUUCCAUGACACCUGGUUAGACAUAUUUCAAACAUUUUUCAUCUAAUGUUGAUAAUACAGUAAAUCUUUGUUACUGGAUUUUUUAUUUCAUUUAGAUGUAAGGUCUCUUUUAGAUUGAAUAUUGAGUUCAUAUCUCUUAUGGGAACAAUGAUUCAAUCACAUUUUCUUACUUUUAUACCUUUAUCCAAUUUGAAUAAUGUAGAUCAUAAUGCACAUGAAUUUAAUAUUCAUGGGAGGAAAGUCUCUUCAGGUAUGUCACAUAAAUGAUAAAAUGUUGAAAUUAUUUUUGCAUUACAUUGUGGUAUUGCACAUAUAAAAAUAAAAGUACUUUUAACAAUAUAUGAAGACAUACAUGAUUGUAAUACAUGUACUUUAUCUUUGGUACAUGUGUAACAACAAAACACAUAAUGAUUUUGCUAGAAACUUAUCAAUUGUAACUGUAUUGGUAAGUUUUAAACAUAGAUUAUCAAUUAAAAUUUUAGAUUAAAAUUUCUUGUUAAAGAAAAUUUAGCACAUCCUGAAAUGAUGUGAAUUUCACUGGUAUGUGUAUACAUAUACCGGUACAUGUAUAUGUAUACUUCAGCAUAAAGUACACAAUUUCAAAUCUGAUGACUUGAUAUCCUUAUGGAUUAAUUUGAAAUCCAUUGGAUUUUUCUUCUCUCAUGCAAGGUAAAUAAGAGCUACUUUGCCUUUUAUUACAAUUUCUUUUGUUAUUUGGUUUUGAAUUUGCAAUGUUAUGUUUUUAAUUAUUUUUUGUUUAAACUGGAAGUUGUUUACGCUGCAUUCCAUGAAUAGAAUUUAAAUGUUAUUUUAUAGUCUGUCCUCUUUUUUAUUUGUGCAAACUUUAUUUUUUUUUUACGUGAUCCCUUGGUAGACGUGUAAGUAAAAAGAUACCCAUCUACGAGUUCAUUGAAAGCUUUUGUAAUUAGUGUUGCAAUGUUCUACUGAAGCAGUCAAAGAGAGCACUCAUGGAGACUUCUGGAAAGCUGUUAUAUUUUGUUCAAUGUACAUGUAUUACUUUUUAUACUUGAAAUAGUGAGCAUAAAAAAUAAUUAUGAAUAAAUUAUAAAUUAAUACAA